GGCAAGCAGUUAAGAUCUUUCUUCAUCGCCUCUCCAACUCCAACUUAUCGUUCCAUCUUCUCAAAAGCUUUUACACCUUUAUUUUUUCUUUUACAAGACACACUACAAAGCAGAGACAAGUUUUAACAAGAAGCAACAAAGAUGAUGCGAAACACUAUCCUCCGAUCGACCGCCGCUAUGGCUUCCACCUCUUUCGCUCGACCUGCUGUUCGAGCUCGACCUGUACUCGCCGCUGCUCGAACGAUGGGUGCCGGCGCUGGUGUUUCCAAGAGGGGAUACCACGCCAAGGUCAUUGACCACUAUGAGAAUCCUCGUAACGUUGGCAACCUUCCCAAGGGUGACUUUGAUGUUGGAACUGGUCUUGUUGGUGCCCCCGCCUGUGGCGACGUUAUGAAGCUUCAAAUCCGAGUAGGCGAAGACGGUGUCAUCAGCGAAGUCAAGUUCAAGACGUUCGGUUGUGGUUCUGCUAUCGCCUCAUCGUCAUAUAUGACUGAACGAGUAAAGGGCAUGACCCUUGAUCAGGCGGGUGCGGUGAAGAACACUGAGAUUGCCAAGGAGCUCUGUCUUCCUCCUGUAAAGUUGCACUGCUCUCUCCUUGCGGAAGAUGCUAUCAAGUCUGCCAUCAAGGACUACCAGACCAAGCGAGCUCAGCGACUUGCAUCUGCCAACGCUACUCUUGCCUCUUCAUCGUCUCAGCCUCAACAGGCUGCUGCGUAAAUUUAUGAGAGGUGCUUGUAGGAUUCUGGAUGUGCGAGUCAAACAGAUGGUAGUUUUGGGGAAAGUGUAGCGUUAUAUGUGGAUUUUUGGUCUUCUCUGAGAUUAAGAUAUGACGAUUAGCAGCAAAAUGUACGAUUUAUGCAGUGGUUUUCUUUCUGGCUCUGUUAGAAUAAA